CCUCCCGCCGCCUCGCGCCCCGCCGCGCCCCGCGAGCCGAGCCCGGGCCGAGGGCGAGCGAGCGGGCCGGGCGCGCGGCCGCCGCCUCCGCCGCGCCAUGCAGCCGCCGGGCCCGCCCCCGGCCUACUCGCCGCCCAACGGGGACUUCACCUUCGUCUCGUCGGCCGACGCGGACGAUCUCAGUGGUUCAAUAGCACCCCCAGAUGUCAAAUUAAACCUUGGUGGAGAUUUUAUCAAAGAAUCUACAGCAACUACAUUUCUAAGACAAAGAGGAUAUGGCUGGCUUUUGGAAGUUGAAGAUGAUGAUCCUGAAGAUAACAAGCCACUCUUGGAGGAAUUGGACAUCGAUCUAAAGGAUAUUUACUACAAAAUUCGAUGUGUUUUGAUGCCAAUGCCAUCACUUGGUUUUAAUAGACAAGUGGUUAGAGACAACCCUGACUUCUGGGGUCCUCUGGCUGUUGUUCUUUUCUUUUCCAUGAUAUCAUUAUAUGGACAGUUUAGGGUGGUCUCAUGGAUUAUAACCAUUUGGAUCUUUGGUUCACUAACAAUUUUCUUACUUGCCAGAGUUCUUGGUGGAGAAGUUGCAUACGGCCAGGUUCUUGGAGUUAUAGGAUAUUCAUUACUUCCUCUCAUUGUAAUAGCCCCGAUACUUCUGGUGGUUGGAUCUUUCGAAGUGGUAUCUACCCUUAUAAAGCUGUUCGGUGUGUUCUGGGCCGCCUACAGUGCUGCUUCCUUGUUAGUGGGUGAAGAAUUCAAGACCAAAAAGCCUCUCCUGAUCUAUCCAAUCUUUUUAUUGUACAUUUAUUUUUUGUCCUUAUAUACCGGGGUAUGAUCAACUUCAUACGUGAGUAGAAAAAGACAGUGUCAUGUGGGUAGGCUGGGAAUUCUGCUGAGGGGGAUCGAGGAAAUCAAAAUCGUUGCUGGUUAAAUUGACAUGUCACGGAUGUAAAAGCAAGUUUAAGGUCUUUUUAAACAACACUUUUUGUAUUUAAUUAAACAAUUGCUGUUGUCUGGAGUUUUUUGGUCAGAAUUCUAAAUUCUGUUUGAUUUUUCAUAUUCUAGUGAAUAAAAUAUAAAAGACUUGUGUUUUUAAGAUUGUGUCAAUAUUCACCUAAAAACUUGUGCCAAAAGCACCUGCUGUAGUAAUUAGAUUUAACUUGAGGGUUAUAAAGAACAUCUUAAUAAUCUAAAAGUGCAAUUUUUUUCCUCAAAGGGUUUUCUCCUGCAUUGCAGAUCCUGUAGAUAUAUAUUUAUAUUUAUACAAAAUAUAUUUAUGAAAUAAUUCUUAUUCACAAAAUAUAUUUCUGGAUAGCCUAAAAAUUAAGAUAUUUUAGAUCUGAUGCUUAAACUUUCUUUAAUUUGGCCAUUAAUCUUUUUAUUUGUAAAUUUAAAUUUGUUUUUUAAAUUGUAUAUAAUUUUUAAAAUCUCAUACAUGCUUCAAAAUAUCCUUGUUGAGAAUUCUUAACUAAAACUAAUUUUAAAAUUUACUGAUGUAGACUUGAUUUGUUUGAGUGUGCUUUUUAAAAACUAUUUUGAAUGUCUAAAAAUCUGAUUAGAGUUUCUGUUUAUCUUUCUGACCAAAGGAGCAAGAGGUAUAAUAGCUAUGGCUUUCACUAAAAUUGUCAAAUGUGGUCAACUGGUAAUAUUUAUAGCAUCAGUAAAUAUUUUUGAGUGGUACUCCCUAAAUUAUAAAAGUUGCUGGAAAAGAGACCUCUAAAAAUCUUGUGGUCCUGAACAAUGUUAAAUGAACUAGAAAAAAUAAAAUGGUUCCCAGCCGUG